GGUCUCCUGUAGGUACCUCGUGCUAUUGACGCAGAGAAGUUCCACAGAGAAGAAGAACCGGAGCCAGAAGAAGAGACGCGGAGCUGCGGUCCACUGAUCCCAGGCACAGUCACAGUUUGUGGGUCGGAUGAAGAUGGACUCCACGGCGGUGGAGAUCGACGGCAGCGUGAUGGAGGGAGGCGGACAGAUUCUGAGAGUGUCCGCGGCGCUCAGCUGCAUCAGCGGCUCCUCCAUCAAAAUUAUGAAGAUCCGAGCCGGCAGGAGCACACCGGGGCUCAGACCACAGCACCUGAGCGGCCUGCAGCUGGUCUCAGAUCUGUGUUCUGGCAGUCUGCAGGGAGCCACCAUAGGCUCCACCGACAUCAGCCUGACUCCAGGAAAGAUCCGGUCCGGAAACCACACUGCGGACACACAGACAGCAGGGAGUGUGUGUCUGUUGCUGCAGGUCGCUCUGCCCUGUGCUCUGUUCGCUGACGCCUCCUCACAGCUCUGCCUGAAGGGAGGAACCAAUGCAGAGAUGGCUCCUCAGAUCGACUACACCAUCAAGGUGUUAAAACCAAUUUUGGAGAAGUUCGGGGUAAAUUUUGACUGUGACAUCAGAAUGAGGGGGUACUACCCUAAAGGUGGAGGUGAGGUUUUGGUUACGGUGAAUCCGGUCAAGGAGCUGCAGCCCAUCACCAUGAUGGAGAGAGGAAACAUCACCAAGAUCUACGGCCGAGCCUUCGUCGCCGGUGUCCUGCCCUUCAAGCUGGCUAAAGACAUGUCGGCUGCUGCUGUUCGAACCAUCAGGAAGGAAAUCAAAGAUCUGUACAUCAACAUCCAGGCACUGCAGGAGAAGGAAAAGGCCUGUGGGAGCGGCAACGGCAUCAUAAUUAUCGCUGAGUCGUCGACAGGUUGUGUGUUUGCAGGUUCAGCUCUGGGGAAGAAAGGUGUGUAUGCAGAUAAAAUCGGUAUUGAGGCUGCUGAGAUGUUGCUGAGAAACAUACGACACAAUGGCUGCGUGGACGAGUUCCUGCAGGACCAGCUCAUCAUCUUCAUGGCGCUGGCAAAGGGAAGGUCUCGGAUUCGAACCGGUGCUGUGACACUGCACACACAGACGGCUAUUCACAUCGCAGAGCAGCUGACUCAGGCAAAGUUCACAAUAACAAAGUGCGAAGACGAGCUGAGCAGCAACGUCACCUUCAUCAUCGAAUGUGAAGGAUCAGGAGCCACCAACCCUCACCUGUAGCACUCUAUAUAUAUAUACACACACACACACACACACACACACACACACACUCUGCCCCCCCCCUGCAGUUUCUCAGGGUGUUUCUUUAAUAAAUGAAUCAAACAGUU